CGCUAGUACAGCGAUAGUGCCAGUGCCAGCUCCUCAGUCAAGCGUCACGCAGCCUCUCUCCCGCCUCCCAGCUCUCCAGACAUAAUGUGGACGGUCCUCUUCAUCGCCUUGGUUCUUGGACUUUGUAGAGCAACGGGUCCGUUGGCUCCGACUGCUGAUAUCGAGGGACGGAGCGAUGCCCAGGAAACUAUCAACACCGAAGAACAGCGAUAUAAAUACUUGUUGUAUCAGAUUCAUGGAACCGUAAGCAAGUUGCUUGACGAUCACCAGAAGCACAUUGACGAUCGUAUCAAUUCUUUGACGCAUUUAGUGGGUGAGAACUGCAAUUCCGACGCCAAUGGUCGAACUGACGUAUCAGACAAUUUUGUGGAGUUAGAACCUAAGAUAGAAGAAUUGACAAGUCUUUUCUUCGCAAGAUUAACAGCCACCGGAGAGAAAUUCGUCACAGAUAUUCAGUCCACGUUGGCCAGCGUGACUUCUGAUAUAGUGGGACACAUAACGCUGCAGUUGUUAGCCGUGGCGGACAAGCAGGACGUGGCGGUACUAAAUCACCAACUGUCGAACCUGGCGACCUCCCAGGCCCUUGGCGAACUGCAGCAGGGCCUUUCGACCUUCGCCUCCACCGCGACAGCAGAGGUUAAGCAGGCGAUCGCCAGUCUGGCUUCCGACUGGAACGUCAACAGUAAAAGUCUCGCUUCGAGUAGUCAAGUCCAAGAAAUUAAAGAGCAGCUCGUCACAGUUUCAUCUUGUGACCAGAAGAACGACAUCGACCAAGUGUUAGCUCUACUGGCAACAGCCGAGGAAGACAUUGACAGUCUGGCAGAUACCUUGAGGACUUCCGUGGCAGAGCAGAAAGCCGCGUGCCAGGGCGGGGCUGAGCGCCAGGAGAGCGCGGCCGGCCUGGCGCAGCUGCUGGAGAGCCUGCGCGCCGCGGUGGACGGCAACGCCGACAGCAUCCGCAGCGUCGCCUCCGCCGUGGGGAAGCUGGAGGGCGAGUUCGCGGCGCGUCUCGGGGCCCUCGAGGAGCUGGCUAAGAAAAUCGACAACAACACGCUGCUUCCUCCAACCACAACCACCACUACCACCACAACCCCGAGACCCACGACGACAACAACACCUGCGAAGCUUGUUUCGCCAUGUCUUAACAGCUAUUUCUACGGAGCUGUCACAUUUGACGUGUGUGACUCCGCGGUUCGCUUCAGGAAGUGUCAAGAAAGCUUCAUGGCAUAUCACUGCUGCAGAUCAUGUACGGACGCCGGUAAGAUUCCUGUCAUGGGUCCUCAUCGCUUCGUGCAGGAUGCCAGAAGGGUGCCCACUGUGGAUGCUCUUAAGUAUUUUUAAGGAAAUGGCAAGUCGGUGUAUUUUUUUAUAUAUAUGGUAAGGUGGUUAGGGUUUAAAAGGAUAAGGUAGUUAGGUUUUCGAUAAAAAAAUGGAAGUAUGAAGUCAGUGUACUAUUUUUUCCCCCGAGAAUAUCACUAGCAGAAGAGUUUAUUCGUUUUCCCCGUUGAAAUUAGAACGAGUUUCUUGGUGUAGUAUAUUGAAUUAAGGAAUAAAGUGAGGGGUGGGCAGGAAUGCGUGGGUGGGUAGGUGGGUGAGAUAGAAAUGUUGCUUACGUACUCUUGGAUAUAUUCCAAAUUACAUAAAACUUGUACAUGACGUUGUGGCUCAUAAAUCUUCAUUUAUUCAAUGUCAUUCAUACCGCUUUCUCCUUCUCUCUCAAAAUCGAAGGGGAUAUGUAGCCCAUUUCUUGUUCGCUUGAGAGAUAAAGAGGAAAAUGUAAUUAUGAAAUGUAAGUUUAAAAGGUUAAGGUAGUAAGAUUU